AUGAGCGAAAAAAAUUGUAUUGGAGAGUUUUAUUUAGACGAUUUAUCAGAUUGUCCUCACAGUUCAGGAAGUGAUAGUGGUGACGAAAGUGAUUGCAGCGAUAUAAUAAUUCGAAAGCGGGGUUCUGUAUUGCAACUAAGAUGUAGUGAUUCAGAAGACGACGAGAUAAGUAACAACGAAGACGAUACAAAUAACAUUGAAGAUGACAAUGAUAUAUGGUUAACAGAAGAUGAAGCAGUAAUUUUGGAACCUUUUGAAGGCAGCCCUGGCAUAAAAAUUAUGCCUUGUUCUACAGAAAAUGUGAUGGAUAGCGUCAAUUUAUUUAUUGGAAUGGACUUUUUCGAGCAUUUAGUGAAGGAAUCCAACAGAUAUCAUUAUCAGAUGAUACAAAAGUAUAAAAUUCCAUCAAGAGCGAAAAAGUGGACAGAUAUAACGGUAACGGAAAUGAAAAAAUUUUUAGGACUAAUAGUUCUAAUGGGUCAGGUAAAAAAAGACGUGUUCUACGACUAUUGGUCAACAGAUCCAAGUAUACAAACUCCAUACUUUUCGCAAGUCAUGAGCAGAAACAGAUUUGUGCAAAUAAUGCAAAGCUGGCAUUUUUGCAAUAACGACAACAUCCCUCACAAUGCACAUAGACUUGCUAAAAUACAGCCUGUCAUUGAUUAUUUACAGCAAAAAUGUAACGAUGUAUAUAAGCCCAAUCAGCAAUUAUCUUUGUGUCACAGGAAUUUUCACGUGUAUGCUGCUGAUGGCAAAAAAUUGGAAAAUACGGUUUUAACGGUUAUUGAACCAUAUAAAAACAUAUGGCACCACAUUUAUCAAGAUAAUUAUUAUAACAGCGUCAAGAUGGCUAAAAUUCUACUGCGAAAUAAAGUGCGAGUGUGCGGAACCAUUCGAAAAAAUAGAGGUCUGCCUCCAUCUCUACAAAUAUUACAACUUUCAAGAGGUCAGCACAAAUUUCGUAGGAAUCGUCAAAUUUUGUUAGAAGUAUGGAAUAAUGGCAAAAGGAAUGUAAAUAUGAUAUCAGAAUGUAUAGAAUUCUGCACAAUUGACGGAAUCCACGAGCAGAAGUAA